GACCUCGGCAGUCAGUCGAUCUUUCCUAGCAGCAGCAUUCCGACAUUUUCCACCUGAUCGCGCGCGGGCAGUCCGGCAAACGCCAUUUUGUUCGUCACACACGUCUGAUCGUCACGUCUCCUCGUUAGAGAGAGGCUCCUCGUGCGUACAAACGUUUGUAUGUGCCGCGCACCCUUCCACGCCCCGUCGAACACCUGCGUUAUCAAAAACAACAAACGAACGAACGCGAGACGCACUUUGUAACACGGAUCGCGUUGUUGUGUGGUGUGCCGGUGGGUUUACAUUGGACCGUUCUCGUCAACCGACAGCCACGGCCAAUUCGGGAACGGAAAAGGACGCCGGGUGUUGUUUUUCCGUUGAACGAGACCCGCACGGAACACGGAGUGCGUGACCCCGCGUGGUGUUCUCUCUCUCUCAUCCUCGACGUUAGUUACUUCCCGUAGCCCACCGUGUAAGGACCACGCAGCGAAACAGAUACAUGAGAACGGACUGAAACACGCGAGACUGAGCACCGUUGGGGGAAGUCGUUCGAACUGGUUCGCGCGUAAAUGCUUGGAAGAUCACCGUGUUGGAAGCGUUGAAAGCAUUGACAGAGGAGGCCCGGGUCGGUUUAACAUCGAGAACGAGCCUGACUUCCCACCGAUCGACGCCUAGGGGAGAAGGAAGGCGGUGGGAUUACGGUGAACCACAGGAAAGGAUCUUGGCGACGAAGAAGCUGGUGGCUGUGCCAGUUCCGCGCAUGCUUCAACAACGAGGCAGUUCAACAACGACACCUCCCGCGACGUCAUCGUCCAACAUGUUCCCCCAACAGUAUUGCCUACGAUGGAAGUACCAUCACAGCAACUUACAGACCAUGUUCUCACAGCUGCUCGAGCGGCAAGCUUAUUGCGACGUCACUCUGGCCUGCGAGGGCAAGACUCUCAGAGCGCACAAGGUGGUUCUGUCGGCGUGCAGCACAUACUUCGACACAAUUCUGUCCCAGUACGAGGAAAAGGAUCCCAUCGUCAUAAUGCGCGACGUCAAGUUCUCGGACAUCAAGGUGCUGGUCGAGUUCAUGUACAAGGGCGAGAUCAACAUUGACCACACGAGAUUGUCAUCCCUGCUGAAAACCGCGGAGGAUUUGCACAUCAAGGGUUUGGCCGAGGUGAGCUGGCGUAGCGAUUCCACGCAAAACGAUCUUGGAAACAGCGGUCACAGUCCCGGUGCGGCGACUCCAGGUGUCGAGACGGUCCUCAGGGAAGGCGACGCCGACGAGCCUCCGCCUCCGAAGCAAAGACGCAGAGGCCGCCCACCUCUGGACGAUCCGCCCUCGGCACACGACGUCUUCACCCCGAAAAUUACCUGCAUCACCGGAAAUGAGGAAAUGUUGAGCGAGGGCGGUGACCACGAGAGCUGGGACGACGAGAUGAUGAUGAACGAAAGUAACGAAACGCCACUGCCGGUGCUAUCGUACAUGUCCAAGGAUGACAACACAUCCGAUCUAGAAAAGAAAGCGCCUAUCACUCCCUCGAAUUCCAACGCCACGAAUCUAUCGAUCCCCGAACAAUUCCGAGACGUCGUGAAGAUGAACGACUACCUGACGACGGGACGUCGCCAAGAGUUCUGGGAGGAGCCGUUCACGCGACGCGUUAUGGAUGCCAUUAAAAGCAAAGAACUGGAAAUGAAGACUGCCGCCGAGAUACUUGGCGUGUCCUAUGGAACCCUCUACGGCAGAUAUCGCGACAGUUAUGGUUGCCUGAAACAUCCGUAUAGAGUAAGGGACUUUUGGUCGGAGCCCGGGCCAGCAGAAGUGCUGGCGAAGCUACGAAGGAAAGAGAUCACGUUAUUCCGCGCUGCCGAGUUCCUCAACGUCACCGUCCACACGCUGGCGACCUACCUGUCGACGCUUCAGGGCCCUGACAGAAUUUCUCUGGCCGGUGACCUGAGCGUAGCGUCUGGCGCCGUCGAUGGUAACAACGAGGCACCAGAGAACAACGACGCGAUGAACGACAUCCUUCAGAAGAUCAACGCUAAUGCGGCUACGACGGCAGUUGCCAGCUCUACACCAAUCAAGAGAGAAGGCGGCGGUUACAUCGAAGUGCCGACGCCUGUUCCAAAAGCAGCCACCUCUGUUCUUGAGAACAAUCCAGACAUCACGAUCGUGAAGACGGAGAACAUGCCUCGUAAACGGGAGUACGCGAAAAUCUCGAACACGGAGAACAACAAUGCGAAGCUAAUGAGCGGCGGUGCGGUUAGUGAGGUGACGCAGCAGCAGCAACAGCAACAGCAGCAGCAGCAGCAACAACAACAGCAACAACAGAAGAUCACCGAUCCGUUAUCGUUAAACAAUGAUAACAGUAAACCCUAACUAUUCAGGCCUUAUCUGCAACCGGCGAAUCCCCGUGCACCGAGCGCUAGCUACAGAUCCGAGCUGUGCCCGCGCAGAUUCUAUUCAAGCGUGUUCACUCGCUUUCUCACGAAUUUUCAUUUGAAGUAGAAUGAAGAAGUAAAGAAGAAUAGUACGAAAAGAAAAGGGUGGAAAAACGCGUCCGUGUGUUGUUCGUAUAUAAUUAUUAUUCACGUCGUCGUCGUCAAUGUUUGGUGGCGUAGACGUCGCUGCCUUGGCCCGUUCGUUGACUCUCCGCGCACGCCAGCCCACGCCAGCAGAGUAGCUUUAGACAAUCUCGCGUGUACGAUCAUCGUCGUGGCAUUGUGGCUGGAGUUGCAUUUGAUA